CUUUUCAUUACUUUUUGUUUGCGAGAAAUUCUUUGUGAAAAUUCAUUGAUUCAGAUAGUAAUAGUACAAAAUGGUAGUCUGUAUAGUGAGUGGUUGCAACAGCAAUUCUAGAAAAUGUAACGGUGAACGUAUAAGUUUCUUUCAAUUGCCGAAAAACCAAAUUAUGCGUGAAGCUUGGUUGCGAAGAAUCGGAGAAAAUCGCAUAUCUCAUAAUAAAAAAUUUGGAAAAGUGUGUUCAUUGCAUUUUUCGGAAGAUUCAUUCAUGGUAUCAAAAAGGAAAUCGAAAGUUACAGAGGACAAGAGAAAACUACGCCUUUUACAAACUGCUAUACCAACUUUGUUUUCAACAUCAACAGAAAAGAGGACAAACUACUACGGUAAAUAUGGAUUUUAAAAUUAUUCGUCGAGAAUUUCCACUUGUCAGUAAUCUAGGCACAAGCAGAGACGAGAAUGAAGAAAUCAGCAGUGAGAUUGAUGCAGUGGAUAAAUCUUGCCGCAAUGUUACUUCUAACAAUAACGAAACUGAUGGCAUUG